UGCACUUCUGAAUAGUCGUGGAGGAGUCUGCUGUUGUUUCAUUUUCAUCAUGGCUGCUGUUCAGACAGAGGUUUCCCAGUGCUCACAACCUUUGCAGAGGCCCCUGUACAUCUAUGGGGGGCUGGCAUGCAAUUCGUUGAUGGCUGACUCCUGGUUGGACAGAACUCCUCUCCAUGAUGCUGCAUAUCAAGGCAGACUGCUCCACCUGAGAACCCUCAUUACUCAGGGCUUCCAUGUGGACACACUCACCAUGGACAGAGUCUCUCCUCUCCAUGAAGCCUGCCUUGGUGGUCAUUACGCUUGUGCCAAGUUCCUUCUGGACAAUGGAGCAAAUGUGGAGGCAGUAUCGACAGAUGGCGCCACACCUCUCUUCAACUCAUGCAGCAGUGGAAGUGUUGCUUGUGUCAGGCUCAUCUUGCAGCACCAUAUCUCCAUCAACACCACACACCAGCUGGCAUCGCCCAUCCAUGAGGCCGCAAAGAAAGAUAACAAGGAGUGUCUGGAGCUGCUGCUGUCGUAUGGAGCACAUAUUGACAUGGAGCUGCCAGUGGUGGGGACGCCACUGUACUCUGCGUGCAUGGCCCGAGCCACAGCCUGUGUAGAGCUACUGCUACACUCGGGAGCAGAUGUUCAAGCAGGAUGUGAGCAGGAUAGUCCUUUACAUGCUGCAGUUAGAGGAGGAGCAGCGAAUGUGGUGGAUCUGCUGCUGGACUUUGGGGCGGAUGUGUGUUGUAAGAACGCAGAGGAAAAAACUCCUCUGGACCUGUCAGCACCAAAUAGCACAGUGAAAAGUGCACUACAGAGAAGAGGCCCCUGCUCUCUGUCUCAGCUGUGUCGGUUUUGUAUUCGCCGAAGUCUGGGAAGGAGUCGUCUGCACAAAACCUCCAGCCUUUUCCUCCCUCAAAGUAUCAAGGACUUCCUCCUGUACCAGUGUUAGUGUGGCUCUCUGUGUGCUGCCUACACCACACAUUUGGCCUUGUGGCCAAUCUCUAAGGUAAAAUGUGACAAAAAGAAAGUCAAAGUCUUGCCAGUCAACUGUAUUUUGUAAUAUGGCUGCUUUUAAUAUAAUAACUGCUCAAAUGAAAUAUUUUGGAUACCAGUUUUUAAGAUAAGAUGCUUUCAUAUUGCAGUAAUGUUUUUUUUUUAUACUUUAAUGAAAUGUUUCCAUUUCAUGUAUGUGGAUUUUACAGUAAUCCCAAAAAAAUUUUUUAAAUGUGAAUUCUACCAAUUUUACACAUCAAAGUUUGUUUACAGAUAUUGGAGAGUAGAACUGUAUAUUCAAGAAAACCUCCCUGGAGAAUGAGUGGAAUAAAAAACUAUGUGUUUCUGCUCCGUCUAUUUUGAAAGUCCAGUGUACUCGAGUUGCGUGGCAUGUUGUAAAUUUGAUGGGCUGUAAAACAAGUAAGCUGUCUUAUGAAUAUGUGUAGCGUUGCCAAAGCUGACAUAACAGAUAAAAGAUUCAAACACUUCUUGGAGCAUGUUGGAAACAACACUAAGUUAAAGGGAAGACAGGGGUAGACUGAGUUUUGAGGCCAGUGCUGCUUGAGGGGAAUGAAUUU